CGCAUCCGAAGUUUUUCUUACACAAAUAAUUAAUACAUAAUGCUUUCUCGUUCCUUCAGAGUUGCUAGACAACAAACCAGAUUAUUGUCCUCCUCCAGAUUAUUAGCUUCCAAGGCUCCAGCCCCAACUGAGCAAGCUCAAGUCACCGACAAGAAGACUGCCUACAGUUUAUCUGAAGUUACUGGUUCCGAUUCCUUAUUCGGUCAUGGUGCCAAGCCAGGAACUAUCCCAACUGAUUUAGAUCAAUCUACCGGUAUACAAAGAUUUGAAUUAUUAGGUAAGAGAGAAGGUGUUGAUGUUUUCGAUAUGGAAAACCCAAUCUACGAAGGUAAGGGUACUUUUGAAGAACCAUUCUUGGUCCCAACCUACUUCGGAUACAGAUAUGUUGGAUGUAAAGGUACUCACCAACACGACCACAAACCAUACUGGAUGAAGGUUGAAGAUGGUAAGAAGAGUAGAUGUUGGCAAUGUGGUACUGUCUUGACCGCCAAAUACUUGGGUGAACCAGCCAUGGCCCACCACUAAACAAGACAGCCACUAUUCCCUCUCUUCAUCAAUUUAUGCCCUUCAUGAAGGUUAUAAUUAGUUACAUUUUUUACAUUUUGAUAGUGUAUUUUAUAUAUACUCCAUCCCGAUAAAUAUUCAUAUUAUGAUUCAUUGAGUUAGUUUUAUUUCUGCUUGAUAUUUUGUACAUUCAUUUUUUUUUAUAUAUAUAAACAAAAUAAAACAGUGAAAAUAAGAAAAAAGUUUAAGCUGAAGAUAACAAAGAACAAUACACGGUUAGAUUGAAGAUAACAACGCGUUAGACUGAACGGUGUUAAGAAUAUACCCCUAUACCUCUUGGUCUAUGAUGUCAUUGAUUAGUAAAACGUAGAAACGAAAACGUGUAAACUCCGCACCUUAUCUACAAAAUGCAAGUUUCAGACGAGAUAAAUAUAGCCACAACAGGCAUGUGUGGAUCCUCUAAAUGUCUUGCACAAUAGCCCCCUAUUAGUAAUAUGCGGGUACGGCAAUCCUUAAUCCAUUGACUGAUUUCAAGGGGUGUGGUGAGACUC